CGGAGGAAGGUUGGGCAGAGGCUGCAGGCUGCAGAGGCGCAGAGGGGCCGCGGGGCAGAGCGAUCCCGCCGGAAAGCGGCUCUCCAGCCUCUGCACCUUCGGGAACCACACGGCCCGCACGGCCCGCGGGCGCCCUGGAAAGGCCCCUACAGAUAAGGGAGCUAAAACCCAGAGCUGCAGGAGACUGGCCAGAGGUCACACAAGUGACAGAGGCCAGGGCGCCGCAGCCAUGGUGAGCGAGUCCCCGGGGCCCGGCGCCCGGGUCCCCUGGCGGCGAAGCGACGAGGCGCUGCGCGUGAACGUGGGCGGCGUGCGGCGGCGGCUGAGCGCGCGCGCCGUGGCGCGCUUCCCGGGCACGCGGCUGGGCCGCCUGCAGGCCGCGGCGUCGGAGGAGCAGGCGCGGCGCCUGUGUGAUGACUACGAUGCGGCGGCGCGCGAGUUCUACUUCGAUCGGCACCCGGGCUUCUUCCUAGGCCUGCUGCACUUCUACCGCACCGGCCACCUGCACGUGCUCGAUGAGCUGUGCGUCUUCGCCUUCGGCCAGGAGGCCGACUACUGGGGCCUGGGCGAGAGCGCGCUGGCCACGUGCUGCCGCGCGCGCUACCUGGAGCGGCGGGUGACGCGGCCGCGCGCCUGGGACGAGGACAGCGACACGCCGAGCAGCGUGGACCCGUGCCCCGACGAGAUCUCCGACGUGCAGCGCGAGCUGGCGCGCUACGGGGCGGCGCGCUGCGGCCGCCUGCGCCGCCGCCUCUGGCUUACCAUGGAGAACCCGGGCUACUCGCUGCCCAGCAAGCUCUUCAGCUGCGUCUCCAUCGGCGUGGUGCUCGCCUCCAUCGCCGCCAUGUGCAUCCACAGCCUGCCCGAGUACCAGGCCCGCGAGGCGGCGGUCGCGGUGGCGGCGGUGGCCGCGGGCCGCAGCCCUGAGGGCGUGCGCGACGACCCGGUGCUGCGGCGCCUCGAGUACUUCUGCAUCGCCUGGUUCAGCUUCGAAGUGUCGUCGCGCCUGCUGCUAGCGCCCAGCACGCGCAACUUCUUCUGCCACCCGCUCAACCUCAUCGACAUCGUGUCCGUCCUGCCCUUCUACCUCACGCUGCUGGCCGGUGCGGCGCUCCGAGACCGGGGCGGAGCGGGUGGCGAGGAGCUGGGCGAUCUGGGCAAGGUGGUGCAGGUGUUCCGUCUCAUGCGCAUCUUCCGCGUGCUCAAGUUGGCGCGCCACUCCACCGGUCUGCGCUCGCUGGGCGCCACGCUCAAGCACAGCUACCGUGAGGUGGGCAUCUUGCUGUUGUAUCUGGCUGUGGGAGUGUCCGUGUUCUCCGGCGUGGCCUACACAGCCGAGAAGGAUGAGGACGUGGGCUUUGACACCAUCCCGGCCUGUUGGUGGUGGGGCACGGUGAGCAUGACCACCGUGGGCUAUGGGGACGUGGUACCGGUGACGGUGACUGGCAAGCUGGCAGCCUCGGGCUGCAUCCUGGGGGGCAUCCUGGUGGUGGCACUCCCCAUCACCAUCAUCUUCAACAAGUUCUCCCACUUCUACCGGCGCCAGAAGGCUCUGGAAGCUGCCGUGCGAAACAGUGACCACCGGGAGUUUGAGGACUUGCUGAGCAGCAUCGAUGGGGUGUCAGAGGCGUCUCUGGAGACCUCUCGCGAGACUUCCCAGGAGGGCAGGUCUGAAGACCUGGAGGCCCAGGCCUCCAGUGGGCCUCCAAACACUCAGGUUUAUUAAAACCAGGGCUCCAUGCACCCCCUUCCCACACCCCUGCAGUCAGCUGAAAUGGAGCAGAGAUUCCUCCCCU